AUGCGUCGAUUUCCGAUCGCCCUCCUAUCGGCGUGUAGCCGCCUCGUGCUGGGCGCUGCCCAAAGCGCAGACUUCCCCGUCCCCGUUCAAUUCCCCAUUCAUUGCAACUCAACCGCCAGUCUCUUCCGGGCUCUGGAAGCCUCCCUCUCGCCCGACGCCGCCGUCUUCUAUCCCGGAUCGGAAGGCUUCCAGACGGCAACGAAACGAUGGUCCGAGCUGGAGAGCCCUAUGGCAGAUGUCUUAAUAGUUCCCGCCACUGAGGACGAUGUGGCUAAAACGGUUCGUCAAGCGCAUGAGUAUGGUUUCCCCGUACUAGCCUUUAAUGGCGUACACGGGUCUAUCACUACGCUCGGGGGCAUGAAGCGAGGGGUUGCCAUUUCGCUAAGACAACUAUCAAGUGUAGAAGUAGCUGAAGAUGGGAAGACGGCUACGAUUGGAGGCGGUACCGCGUCCAAAUUCGUUACAGAUACUCUCUGGGAGGCAGGAAAGCAGACAGUGACCGGGACAUGUGAAUGUGUCAGCUAUCUCGGGCCUGCUCUGGGAGGUGGUCAUGGCUGGCUCCAGGGACACCACGGGCUUGUUGCCGAUCAGUUUACCUCUAUGAACGUCGUGUUAGCUAGCGGUGAGCUGAGGACGAUUAAUUCCUCCUCGGACCUGUGGUGGGCUGUGAAGGGUGCCGGACAGAAUUUCGGUAUUGUAACGUCUGUCACAGUGAAAGCCUAUGACAUUGAGCACACCGACUGGGCUAUUGAGACACUCAUCUUCAGUGGUGACUCGGUCGAAGCUGUCUAUGAAACAGCCAACAAGCACUUUUCGGAUUUGGAUCCCAGUGUAAUCAACUGGUCAUACUGGUUGAACAUGCCGGAGGUAGACCCUGACAGACCUGUCAUCCUCUUUUAUAUUAUUCAGGAGGGAGUGACGGAAGUUGACCCGAUGUACACCAAACCCUUCCGCGACAUCGGCCCUCUUUCGUGCGAGGCCAAGUCCGGCACAUACCGCGAUCUGGCAACCUGGACGGGGAUUGCCGUUGAUUCGCCACCUUGCCAGAAAGCCGGGCUGGCCAACCCGCGCUUUCCGAUGUAUUUGCGGCAGUACAACGUGGCGGCGCAAAGGGAGGUGUAUGAUAUCUUCGCGGCCGAGGUUGGGGGAGACUCGCCUUUCAGCGCUUCUCUCUUCAUGUUCGAGGCAUACCCGCAGCAAGGUGUGCGAGCUGUUGAUAGGGAAACUACCGCCUUCGCCUUCCGCGACGACAGCCUCUUAGCCGCACCGCUGUUGACCUAUGCGCCUGCUGGUAAGGAACGUGAGGAUGAGGCCAAACGCAUCGGCAACAAGCUUCGCAACAUCCUCCGCCAGGGUAGCGGUCGUGAGGAGCUCCAUGCCUACGUCAAUUACGCCUAUGGUGACGAGAAUUCAAAAGGCUGGUACGGGCAUGAGCCGUGGCGGCAGGACCGCCUGAGAGAGUUGAAGCGAAAGUAUGACCCCAAGUAUCGGUUCAGUUUCUACGCUCCGGUCGCGUAG